AUGUUCUACGACCUCAAUAUACCCUGGCCGCAGCCAAUGGUCUCCUCUUCUUCCGCCGCAGCACACUCGCAGUCCUCCAAGAAAAAGUCAAAACAGAAUGCUGCCGCUCUUUCGGCCUCGACCGCAUCGUCCUCGGCAGCAGCUACCCCCGAACCACCCGCUUCACCCCUCGCCGCGCUACGCCAAAAGGACGCUGAAGCGCUCGCACAGCUCGUGCUCGAAUUGAGCGAGCUGCGCUACUCCUGCGUCGCCUUCAACCACGUCGUGCAGUCCAAGUACGAUCCGGCGCAGCAUCCCAACGCUCUCGCACCCUCCCGCGACGGCCGUCCCAAUCCGCCCUUCCCCGAACUCGAUCCGCGCACGCAAGCAAAAGGCAAGGCAAAGGCCACCUCCACGACUAGCUCACACCCCGUCACCCAGCUCAGCCGCCUCACGCUCGUCCUCGACGAACACUCGAUGGCCAAAACCGGCAGCGGUUGGGUCACCAACAAUGCCACCGCUCUUCAGAGCUACGAUCUGCUAGCCGUGCGACCUACCAACGAAGCUGCCUUUCAACACGCCUGCCUCACUCUCUCCGAGCUCAAGCCAUUCAGCAUCGACAUCAUUUCGCUCGACUUUGGCGCACAGCCGAGACUGCCCUUCUUCCUCCGACGCUCCACCGUCAAUGCGGCGCUCGAAAACGGCGUCCAAUUCGAGAUCACCUAUGCACCCGCUAUCGGCGACGACGCAGCCAAGGCAAGGCGCAAUCUCAUCAGUGGUGCUCGCGAUCUGCUGCGCGUGACCAACGGCAAGGGUGUCUUCUUGUCAUCGGGUGCAGCAGACGCCCUCGCUCUCCGUGCGCCGUACGAUGUCAUCAAUCUCGGAGCCAUCUUUGGUCUCAAUCCUUCCGCCGCUCGCGACGCCAUCUCGAACAACUGCCGCAGCCUCUUGCUGCGCUCCCAGACGCGUAAGACCUACCGCGGCGUCGUUUCGCAUCCGGUUGUGAUCCCCGCCAUCUCCCAAUCCGAUUCCUCCAACAUCGAUCUUGGAGAGACCAACGGCAAGAAACGCAAGUCGGCUCACCUCUCCGAACCAGCCUCGUCACUCUCCCAGGCUCAGCCAGACUUGCAGCCGAACACCAAGAGCAAGAAGCACAAAAAAUGA